ACUGAUAGCAGUCAGAGCCCGUAGCGUGCGUGGUCUGCGUCUCGAGAGAACGAGGGAACCUGGGUUCUGGGAACCCCAGAGCCCAGUCCUCUUCAACUGCGCUCCCGUGGCGUUUGUGGGACGGAGCUGGACAUGGAGCAGCAGAGGUCUCCACUGUUGGAAGUGAAAGGGAACAUAGAGUUGACAAUACCUUUAGUCAAGGCCCCUUCUCGGCUGCCUCUCCCAGGAAGCAGGCUCAAGAGGGGGCCUGACCAGAUGGAGGAUGCCUUGGAGCCUGAGAAGAAACGGACACGAGGCCUGGGCACAACAACCAAAAUUACCACGUCCCGCCCCAGAGCACCACCCCUCACCACAGUACCACAGGCACAAGGCCAGGCCGCAGCCCAGAAAGUUCCCAAGAAAACAGGACCCCGGUAUUCCACAGCUAUUGCUGCAGUGUCGAAGAACCAGAAGCCAGUCCCUGCUGUUCCUGUCCAGAAGCCUAGCACAUCAGCUGCUCUUCCCACGGUGGGGGGGAAGAAACCCGGCAAACGUCCAGCCUGGGACCUAAAGGGUCAGUUAUGUGACCUAAAUGCUGAGCUGAAACGCUACCGUGAGAAGACUCAAACAUUGGACCAGGAGAACCAACAGCUACAGGACCAGCUCAGAGAGGCCCAGCAACAGGCCAAGGCUCUGGGGGCAGAGCGUAGGGUACUGGAAGGGGAGUUGGUCACAGUGCGGGCCCAAGCUGAGCAGGGACAACAGGAGCUAGGGAACCUGAGUACCCGUGUCCGGGAGUUGGAAGAGCGGCUGGGCACACAGGAGGGCUUAAUGCAAGAGCUCCAGAAAGAACAGUUGGAAUUGCAGGAGGAGCGGAGGGGAUUGACUGCCCAGCUGGAAGAGCAGGAGGGGAGGCUGCAGGCAUCAGAAACGGCCCUGUCAGGCAGCCGAGCAGAGGUGGCAUCUCUGCGCCGGGAGGCUGCAGCUCAGGCAGUCUUACUGGCUGAGCAAGGAGAACGUCUUCAUGGGCUGGAGAUGGAGCGCCGGCGACUACAUAACCAGCUGCAGGAACUCAAGGGCAACAUCCGUGUAUUCUGCCGGGUCCGCCCUGUCCUUCCAGGGGAGCCCACCCCACCCCCUGGCCUCCUCCUGUUUCCCUCUGGUCCUAAUGGACCUUCUGAUCCUCCAACUCGCCUCAGCCUCUUCCGGUCUGAUGAGCGGCGUGGUACCCUGAGUGGGGCACCAGCCCCCACCACUCGUCAUGACUUCUCCUUUGACCGGGUAUUCCCACCGGGGAGUGGCCAGGAUGAGGUGUUUGAGGAGAUCGCCAUGCUUGUCCAGUCAGCCCUGGAUGGCUAUCCAGUAUGCAUCUUUGCCUAUGGCCAGACAGGCAGUGGCAAGACCUUCACAAUGGAGGGUGGGCCUCACGGAGACCCCCAGGUGGAGGGUCUGAUCCCCCGGGCCAUGCGGCACCUCUUCUCUGUGGCCCAGGAGCUAAGAGGCCAAGGCUGGACCUACAGCUUUGUGGCAAGCUAUGUAGAGAUCUACAAUGAGACUGUCCGAGACCUGCUGGCUACUGGGGCCCGGAAGGGCCAGGUAGGCGAGUGUGAGAUUCGCCGGGCAGGGCCAGGGAGUGAGGAGCUUACUGUCACCAAUGCCCGAUAUGUCCCUGUCUCCUGUGAGAAAGAGGUAGAGGCCCUGCUCCACCUGGCUCACCAGAACCGGGCUGUGGCCCGCACAGCUCAGAACGAGCGAUCAUCCCGCAGCCACAGUGUGUUCCAGCUGCAGAUCUCUGGGGAGCACACUAGCCGGGGCCUGCAGUGUGGGGCCCCCCUCAGCCUGGUGGAUCUGGCUGGGAGCGAGCGGCUAGACGCUGGCUUAGCCCUUGGCCCAGGGGAACGGGAACGACUUCGGGAAACACAGGCCAUUAACAGCAGCCUGUCCACGCUGGGGCUGGUCAUCAUGGCCCUGAGCAACAAGGAGCCCCAUGUGCCCUACCGAAACAGCAAGCUCACCUACCUGCUGCAGAACUCUCUGGGUGGCAGCGCUAAGAUGCUCAUGUUUGUGAACAUUUCUCCCCUAGAAGAGAACAUCUCCGAGACCCUCAACUCCCUGCGGUUUGCAUCCAAGGUGAACCAGUGUGUUAUAGGUACUGCCCAGGCCAACAGGAAAUGAAGAUGGAUCCAGAUCCUGUGUGUGUGUGUUUGGGGGAGGGAGUUGCUGAGGGG